UUCAACGCUCCCUAUCACCCUUUUCCUCUCCUCCUUCAAUCUAUUCUAACCUCCCCCACCGGUGACUCCUGCAUGGUCACAAUGCCGCAGAAAUCGAAUCCCGUGGUCUACGUCCACGGGACCCUCGAUCUGAGAAUCGUCGAGGCUCGGUUCUUGCCGAACAUGGACCUAUUUUCGGAGCGCAUUCGAAGGUUCUUCUCCGCUCUCAACACGUGCAGCUCUUCCAUCACCCGCAAGAGGAGUAACCACCACUCCCGUCACCGACACCGCAAGAUCAUCACCAGCGACCCUUACGUCACCGUUUGCCUCGCCGGUGCCACCGUGGCACGCACCCGCGUCAUCUCAAAUUCCCAGAACCCCACCUGGAACGAGCGUUUCAAGAUUCCCCUGGCGCACCCGGCCUCGCAGGUCGAGUUCCACGUCAAGGACAACGACAUGUUCGGUGCUGACUUGAUCGGAACAGCCACCGUCUCCGCCGAGAAGUUUCUAACCGGCGACGUCAUCAGCGAUUGGUUUCCGAUCAUAGGUUCGUUCGGGAAGCCGCCGAAGCCUGAUUGCGCGGUUCGGCUGGAAAUGAAAUUCACGAGGUGCGAAGAUAGUGAUCUGUUCCGGCCCGGCAUUGCGCCGGAUCCGGAUCGGUUCGUGGUUCGGGAUUCGUAUUUUCCGGUUCGGCAUGGAGGAUCGGUGAAGCUUUAUCAGGACGCGCACGUGCCGGAAGCAAUGUUGCCGGAGGUUGAGUUGGAGGAUGGGGUGGUGUUUGAGCAUGGAAAGUGCUGGGAAGAUAUUUGUCACGGAAUUCUGGAAGCUCAUCAUUUGGUUUACAUUGUGGGCUGGUCCAUUUACCACAAGGUGAGGCUCGUUAGAGAGCCCACGAAGCCCUUACCCAGCGGUGGGAAUUUGAAUUUGGGGGAGUUGCUCAAGUACAAGUCACAAGAAGGUUUGCGAGUUUUACUGUUGGUUUGGGAUGAUAAGACUUCCCACAGCAAAUUUUUCAUUAACACGACUGGAGUAAUGCAAACUCAUGAUGAAGAAACUCGAAAGUUUUUCAAGCAUUCUUCAGUUAAUUGUGUGCUGUCACCAAGAUAUGCCAGCAGUAAGCUUAGCAUUUUCAAGCAGCAGGCAUGCUUUAUGCUAUGGUUUAGUAGCUUUCCCCCGACUUCUUUAAUUUUCCUACUUCAGGUUGUUGGGACUCUCUUUACGCAUCAUCAGAAAUGUGUGAUUGUGGAUUCGCAAGCACACGGCAAUAAUCGGAAGAUAACUGCAUUUGUAGGUGGUUUAGAUCUUUGUGACGGGCGGUAUGAUACACCUCAACAUAGAAUCUUCCGUGAUCUUGACACUGUUUACCGGGACGAUUACCAUAAUCCAACGUUUUGCGCGGGAACCAAGGGUCCUAGGCAACCAUGGCAUGAUUUACAUUGUAAAAUUGAAGGCCCAGCUGCAUAUGAUAUACUCACUAAUUUUGAGCAGCGCUGGAGAAAAGCCAGCAAAUGGUCUGAGUUGGGUCAAAAAUUCAAGAGAGUAUCUCACUGGCACGAUGAUUCUUUGAUCAAGUUAGAACGCAUUUCUUGGAUUCUUAGUCCUUCUGAAUCAAUUCCAAAUGAUGAUCCUGAACUUUGGGUUUCAAAGGAAGAAGAUCCUCAAAAUUGGCAUGUUCAGGUUUUUCGAUCCAUAGAUUCUGGCUCUUUGAAAGGAUUUCCCAAGGAUGUAUAUCAAGUUGAGGCUCAGAACCUUGUUUGUGCCAAAAAUUUGGUCGUAGACAAGAGUAUCCAAACAGCAUAUAUACAUGCGAUCAGAUCUGCUAAACAUUUUAUUUAUAUCGAGAAUCAAUAUUUUGUGGGAUCAUCCUUUGCUUGGCCAUCUUACAAAGAAGCAGGUGCUGAUAACCUAAUUCCAAUGGAGUUGGCAUUGAAGAUAGUCAGUAAGAUCAGAGCCAAGGAGAGGUUUACAGUUUACAUUGUCAUCCCAAUGUGGCCCGAAGGUGUCCCUUCUUCUGCCUCGGUGCAAGAGAUUCUCUUUUGGCAGGGACAAACUAUGCAAAUGAUGUAUGAAAUCAUAGCCCGGGAAUUGAAAUCUAUGCACCUUGAGGAUAGUCAUCCACUAGAUUACCUCAAUUUUUACUGUCUUGGGAAUCGAGAGAAGUUGACAACUGAAGUUUCAAAUUCAAGUUCACCUUCAGAUAAUGGCGAAACGGUUUCAUCCUCACAAAAGUUCCGACGGUUUAUGAUUUAUGUACACGCCAAGGGAAUGAUUGUGGAUGAUGAAUAUGUGAUACUUGGAUCUGCCAAUAUAAAUCAACGAUCUAUGGCUGGAUCAAGAGAUACUGAGAUAGCAAUGGGUGCAUAUCAACCCCAUCAUACGUGGAGCAAGAAAAAAGGACAUCCACACGGUCAGGUAUAUGGGUAUAGAAUGUCUUUGUGGGCAGAACACAUGGAUACCACACUUGCUUGCUUCAAGGAGCCUGAGAGUUUGGAUUGUGUAAAGAGUGUGAAUAAGAUUGCUGAAGAAAACUGGAGGAAGUACACAGCGGAAGAUUUUACUCCAUUGCAAGGGCACCUUACGAAAUAUCCUGUGAUCGUAAAUGUAAAUGGAAAGGUAAGAUCCAUACCUGGAUAUGAGCAAUUCCCAGAUGUCGGCGGCAAGGUGCUUGGCUCCCGGUCUACCCUUCCUGAUGCUCUAACUACAUAG